UUUCCAAGUCAAACACCAACGACUAACAGAAAUUUCUCAUCUUCAUCAAAGUCUUCAUGUAUGCUUCUUCUUCGUCUUCUUCGCUCGUACAUAAACCGCGAAACCUUAAUUGCUCUACGUAAUCUCUGUAUACUAAUCCACGAAAAAGCCCAUAAACUCUUCCAUUUCCUCACGAUGGCACAAACCACUGACAGCUCCUCCAAGUCAGAUCUCCAAUCCUCGGCACCCGAACCCACACCGUUUGAUCCCAUUAAACCGUCAAUUCCAGUAUCUUACCCCAUCAAGACCCUCGAAGACCUCGAAUCCCGGUCCUAUUUCGAAUCCUUUCACUACCCAUUUAACAAAUCCUCUGUUCCUCUUCAAAAUGGGUCUUCUUUUUUACCCAGUAGGCCUAGACUGCUUGUCUGCCAUGAUAUGGCUGGUGGUUAUGGUGAUGAUAAGUGGGUCCAGGGAGGGUUUAAUGCUGAUGCCUAUGCUAUAUGGCAUUGGUAUUUGAUCGAUGUUUUCGUCUAUUUCUCUCACAAUCUUGUUGCUCUACCACCUCCUUGCUGGACUAAUACUGCUCACAAGCAUGGAGUUAAGGUAUUGGGGACGUUCAUCACAGAAUGGAAAGAAGGGAGAGCUAUUUGUGACAAAUUGCUCUUGACAAAGGAAUCAUCCCAAAUGUAUGCUGAGCGCUUGACAGAACUUGCUGUCGCGUUGGGCUUUGAUGGCUGGCUGCUCAAUAUCGAGGUUGAAUUGGACGUGGUACAAAUCCCUAACCUAAAAGAAUUUGUUAGCCAUCUAACCAAAAAAAUGCAUUCCUCACUGCCAGGCUCUUUAGUGAUAUGGUAUGAUAGUGUUACAACAGAUGGCAAUCUUUCAUAUCAAAAUCAACUGACUGAAAAAAAUAAACCUUUCUUUGAUAUUUGUGAUGGAAUUUUCGUAAACUAUUCAUGGGAGGAAAACUAUCCAAGCCUGUCAGCUGCUGUUGCUGGUGAUAGAAAGUUUGAUGUCUACAUGGGAAUAGAUGUGUUUGGGAGGGGGACCUAUGGGGGUGGUCAGUGGAAUACCAACGUUGCACUUGAUGUGCUGAAGAAGGAUGAUGUUUCAGCUGCUAUAUUUGCACCUGGAUGGGUCUAUGAGACUAAGCAACCACCUACUUUUCAGACUGCCCAAAAUCAUUGGUGGAGCCUUGUGGAGAAAUCGUGGGGAAUUACACAAAAUUAUCCUAAAGUACUACCAUUCUAUUCAAAUUUUGAUCAGGGUCGUGGUCACCAUUUUUCUGUUGAUGGAGUGCAAGUUUUAGAUGGUCCUUGGUGUAACAUUUCUUGCCAAGGUUUUCAGCCUUUUGUGGAGUUCAAUAACAGCCCAACUCCGGAUGCUAUUCAAGCGGUGCUCGAUUCCAAGGAGGCAUCUUAUAGUGGGGGAGGAAACUUAGUGUUUAAAGGAAAUCUUAAAGACAAUGUGGAUUUCAGAAAAAGGCUCUUUCAUGGAGAGGUUCUCAUAGGGCAUCUACCUCUCUACUUCACAUAUUCUGUGAAAUCAGAGAAUAAUUCUCUUCUGGGUCUAUCACUUGUUUUUUCUUCCACAGUGGGUGAAACAAAGUCCAUACUACUACUUCCUUCUGAAGGGAAAAAUCAACUCUCCAGCGAAUCUAGUGAAGUGAUUAUAAGUCAAAUUGAAAAUCCACAAUCUUCCACAGGAUGGACCAUAUUCGAGCAUAGCAUGGUAAUGACUGGAUACAAAUUGACAGAAAUUGGUGCUGUAUGCUACAGGUCAAAGCCCCACGUUGGUAAAAGCAUACUUGAAUGCAAAACAGAUGACUGCAAUAAUACAACUGGAGCGCCACCAGAAUACCAUGCAGUGCUUGGUCAUAUUUCACUUAGGACUACUGUAGGUGGUUUGUAUUUUCCUCCCUCUUCUUCAUGGCUAGUCAAUGGUCAAGACAUCACAUGGAGUAGGAAGACCGAUGGCUCGAAAACUCUUAGUGUCAAAAUCAUCUGGAAGUUGAAAGAUGGCAAUGAUUCUGCAUACCCACGUUACAACAUUUUUGUUGAGAAAAAAGCUGAGAAACGUGAUGGAAAUCAAGCCGAAUUGUUAGAAGCAGUACAAGAAUUCCUUGGAGUGGCACAAGUUGAAGCUUUCUACAUCGCUGACCUUGCAAUCCCUCCUGGAAUUUCUAAAAUCAAAUUCAUUAUUCAAAUCUGUGGGGUCGAUGGCAGCAACCAAAAGAAGGAAGAGUCACCAUUUUUAGAAUUGGAGGCUAAUCAGAGUGCUUAAUCUCUGCUUAAUCAGUAGCAUGAAUUAUUUUCCAUGUUCCAAUUUGUAUUUUUAAGCUUCUUGUUGAGCAAUUACAAAUGCCUGAAUCUGCAUGGAUAGUCACGUAGAAUAACAAAAUAUUUUAGUAAGGAUGUUAUUUAAGCAUAUGUUUUUACUGAUCAAUAAUUUAUGUUAGAUCAAUGAUGUUUUUAUUUCAAGAUAAUCAUCAAUCAAUAUUUAUGUUUGAUUAUGCUACU